AGCACUGGGCUUGGGGUGGUCAACUGACAUUCAUACUUUACAACAAGCCUACUUCUGUCUGUCCAAAUGAAUACAACACAAAUAUUUUGGCAGCAGUUCCUUGUUGUUGGCCGCUCGCAUACCUGAAACAAAGGGAUGCAGACAGAAGAGCCCAUGUGUUUGACUAGAAAAUAGGCAGAGCAUCUUUGCCCUGCUGCCCUGUGUGUAUCACUGAUUGAAUUUUCCAGCUGAGGGAGCAGCAGCAGCAUGUGUGCCCAGCAGCGGUGUGCCAGCAGCACCUCAGCAACAGGUGGCAGAGUCUCGCUUGUUUGGGGCACAUGGAAACACUGGGAAAGUUAAAAGCACACACAGCCUAUGUUGUUUGAAAAGAGCAAAUAAACCAUCCAAACACUGAAAGCCGCCUUUUUUUCCUCCCCUGCUCAUCUCCUUUUCUUCUCCCUCUGCUGUUUCUUUAGUCCUUUUGUUUCUUCUCUGUCAGACAUCUGUCCUCUGGUUGGACUGCUGCUCCAGCAGCCAAGGCAUAUAUCACAGUAUCACAAAAGAUCCCAAGUUGGAAGCAGCAAACACCCGGGGUAUUUUCAGAUAGGGAUUGCUCAGUCAGUGGCUCAGAUUAGAGAAAUGAGAGAUCUUUAAUAGAAUUUGAGAGCAUCUCACGAUGGCAUAAAGUCACCUAGAAGCAGAUCAAAGAAGAAAUACUAGUCCUAGUAAGGUUCACGAAUGGAAAUAAACUUCCUACAGAAGUGUACCCGAUGAAGGCAUUGCUGGACAAGUCUUCCUCGGGGAAAUUAGAGGUUUCUGUCUGCCUACUGGUUUAGGAAGCAUAAAUAUCUUGCAUCAUAUUCCCUUACAUAUGUCCAUAAAUACCAAGGAUGCCCCACCCCAUUUCCCCAGCCAACAGUCACCUCUCUGUGAGGUCACCGUGAUGCACACGGUCACCACGGUGACGUCUGUGAACACCCCGACCCACUGCCCACUCCUCACACCACUGGUGCCAUUGCGCUCCAUCCUGCUGCUGGCAGGACGACCUUUGCUGGCCGAGGAGACCAUUGCGGACAGAAAUUUCUGUCACGAACAUUUACCAAUUAGAAUGGAGACAUCUUCAUCAGAAACUCCUCGAGUUUCUGUGACAAACGCUGAGUCGGCAGACUCGGCUUCUCCUGUCCCACAAAGACGGGCUAAGAGAACAGCUCGGGAUGCUGCCUUAGGAGAGGCACGAGAAGCAAACACUUCUCAGGGCUCUCAGGAGGCAUCCCGUGCUAAAAGACCACGGCAUCAUCUGUCCACAAAGGGCUCUUGCAAAGCCCAAGACCCAUCAUCCGCCUUUCUACGCAAGCUCCAUCAAAUUGUGGACAGCAAACUCUAUCAGUCCAUCCAGUGGGGCGACGAUGAAAGCUGCAUUGUGAUAGAGGAAACCUGCUUCAAAACUGAAGUGCUGGGAACAACAGGACCUCUACACGCUCUCAACAUUCAUUGCAUGAAAGCUUUCAUCCACCAGCUCCACCUCCACGGAUUCUUCAUCGUGGACAGCGAUUUGCCAACAUUUGCCUCACGGGCAAAAUUCCCAGCAGCCGGAGCCACAUCUGCUUCUAGUGAGUUACUCUGCUACUACAACCCCAGCUUCAAGAAAGAGUACCCAUGUCUGCAAAGAUGGUCCAAGCAAAGCGCUGGCGUACGAAGGAGAGCAUCAGCUGCAUUCCCACCAGAGCUGGAUUUGGAGGACGGCCCCCUGAGCAGCCCUCCAAGGAGACGGCGAGGCCCUGCAGCAUCAGCGGGCACUGAGCCUGCUGGUAGCAACCAGGAUGCUGCUCCUGCUGCAGCUGCUGCUCCUCCAUCUCCUGAACCAAAUGGUCCUUCUCCACCAGGGCUGGGACCAGACAGCGGAGCUGGAGGCGACGGACUUGGACGCUAGCACAAUUUAGGAUGUAGGAAAUAGAGAUUUUAGGUACCUAGCAAAUAGAUUGAAGAUGUUCUUGAAAUAAAUGUUCUAAAUAUUUUCCAGUAGUCCUGUUUCUUCAUUUGACAGUUCCUCUUCCUGUGCCCAAGGCUGGGGGGUACUUCAGGGAGAUCUCAUUUCUCUGACCUGGUCCAAGCAAUGAGGGGAGCACACCAGUGGACAGCCCCAAUCUCACUGCAGCCUCUAGGUGAGACUUUUUGAAGAAGGCAGGACUGAAACUGGUCUACUCUCAGCUGCAGUUUUGGGACCAGGAAGAAUCCAGCAGACAGCUUCAAG